ACAGACACAGCGGCAUCACGACUAAUGCAUUUACAUCAUAUAAUGACUACAGGAAAUAUAGCCUAAUUAACGCCAUACAGCAACUGAUCAGAUGGAUCGAUGGACACCCGGAUCCGAAGCCGGUGGGAAACUCCAGAGUGGAUCUGAUCACAUCCUCACCUGAACAUCAUGAUACAGUUAUUCUGCUGUUUUUUCUCUUUAUGCUAUCAUAGCUUCUUUUUGGAUCUUGGAGGCGACGUUAUCAUUUCAUGAAUGCCAGUUAAUUUGGGAACUGCUCUUUUAGAUGAGGUUUUCAUCUCAGUGUCUUCAGUCCUCCUCCUGACCUGAGCUCCAGUUUUCUGAUCAUGAUGUUUCUCGGAGCAGCUCCAGAUCUUGAAGAUCUUCAGUGACAUGAGGCUGAUCAUGGCCAGAAACACUUCUCUCUACUUUCGCAUCGUCGAGGGACGAAAUCUGCCUGCAAAAGACGUUUCUGGGGCCAGUGAUCCGUACUGCAUCGUCAAAGUUGACAAUGAAGUCGUGGCCAGAACCGCCACCGUCUGGAAGAACCUGAACCCGUUCUGGGGCGAGGAAUACACCCUUCACCUGCCGAUGGGCUUCCAUACGCUCACCUUUUACGUCAUGGAUGAAGACACCAUCGGUCAUGAUGAUGUGAUUGGUAAAAUCUCCCUGAGUAAAGACGUGAUCGCCGCUCAACACAAAGGUUUGGAUAACUGGCUGAAUCUGACGCGUGUGGAUCCAGAUGAAGAUGUUCAGGGUGAGAUUCAUUUGGCUCUGGAGCUGCACAGAGACGCUCAGAGAACCAGUCUGCACUGUCACGUCAUCGAGGCCCGUGAUUUGGCUCCACGUGAUAUUUCCGGUACCUCUGAUCCGUUCACCAGAAUCAUCUACAACAACCUCAGCACUGAGACAUCGAUCAUAAAGAAGACGCGCUUCCCGCACUGGGAUGAGACGCUGGAGUUGAGUUUGGAUGAAGGUGACGAUGAUGAUGGUGGAAGCGUGACGGUGGAGGUCUGGGACUGGGACAUGGUGGGCAAGAACGACUUCCUGGGAAAGGUGGAGAUCCCUCUGUCGUGUCUGCACAGAUCUCCUUCGCUGCAGGGCUGGUUUCGCUUGCUGCCGCUGGGAAACACGGAGGACGACGCUGGAGGUAAACUGGGUGCUCUGCGUCUGAAGGUGCGUUUGGCCGAGGAGAGGAUCCUUCCGUCUGUGUAUUAUCAGCCUCUGAUGGAGCUGCUGGUGGAAGCCGUCCUCUCGCCGUCUGAGGUGGAUGAGCCCACGCCGCUGACUCUGCUGGAGGAGGUGACGACGGUGGAGAGCAGGCAAGACGUGGCCAUGACGCUGGUCAAGAUCUAUCUGGGUCAGGGUCUGGUGGUGCCCUUCCUGGACUACCUCAACACCAGAGAGGUCCACAGCACCACAGAUCCAAACACACUCUUCCGGUCCAACUCGCUGGCCUCCAAAGCUAUGGAGCAGUUCAUGAAGGCCGUCGGGAUGCUGUAUCUACACCAGGUUCUGAAGCCCAUUAUCAACCGCAUCUUUGAGGAAAAGAAAUACGUCGAGUUGGAUCCAUGCAAGAUAGACCUCAACCGCUCCAGGCGUAUCUCGUUUAAAGGCUCGGCGUCGGAGGCUGAGGUCAGGGAGAGCAGCGUGGGGCUCCUGCAGACGUAUCUGAGCAGCAUCAUGGAGGCCAUCGUCAGCUCUGUCUCCCAGUGUCCUCCUGUGAUGAGAGUCGUGUUCAAACAGCUCCAUAAACGCGUGGAGGAACAGUUUCCAGAACCUGAGAACGAGGAUGUGAAGUAUUUGGCCAUCAGCGGCUUUUUCUUCCUGCGUCUGUUUGCUCCUGCGAUUCUGACGCCCAAACUCUUCCAGCUGAGAGACCACCACGCAGACACCAGGACCAGCAGAACGCUGCUGCUGCUCGCUAAGGCUCUGCAGAGCGUGGGGAACCUGGGCCUUCAGCUGGGGCAUGGGAAGGAGCAGUGGAUGACCCCUCUGCAUCCCAUCAUACUUUGCAGCGUGGUGUCCGUCAAAGAUUUCCUGGACAAACUCAUAGACAUCGAUCAUGACAACGUGUGUGAAGCUCCUCAGCGCGCUGUGUUUCUGCCGUCAGUCAUUGUGAAGGAAGGUUUUCUGCAGAAACACAAAGCUGAAGGACCUCAGCUGCUCAAACGCUUCGCUUUUAAGAAACGAUAUUUCUGGCUGAGUUCAGAGUCGCUGUCAUACGCCAAGAGCCCCGACUGGCAGGUUCGCUCCCCUAUUCCCAUAGCGUGUGUGUGUGCGGUGGAGCGCGUGGAUGAAAACGCCUUUCAGCUCCAGAAUGUCAUGCAGGUCAUUACACAGGACACGGACGGACAACUACACACCACAUACCUGCAAUGCAAGAAUGUAAAUGAGCUCAAUCAGUGGCUGUCGGCCAUCAGGAAGGUCAGUAUUUAUAAUGAACACAUGCUGCCAUCGUUUCACCCCGGAGCUCAUCGAGGAAACAAAUGGACCUGCUGCCUUCAGCCCGACCGCACAGCGUUGGGCUGCAGUCGGACUCAUUCGGCCGUGACUCUGGGCGACUGGAGCGACCCGUUAGAUCCUGAUGCUGAAACACAGAUCAUUUAUAAAGAGCUGCUGCAGGGCCGAGACAAACUCAGGAAGCAGUAUCUGGAGACACAGGAAGUGGAGGCAGUGGAACAGGAAGAGCCGCUGAAGGCCAGUCAGCCGUCAUCAGUGUCUGCGCAGGGCCGAUCUGAGCGCACUCGUGCCCUCGCCGCUCGUCUGCUGGACGUCGUGCUGGAUCUAGAACGAGCGCAUUCGUCCUUCCAGAGCCGAGAACCAGACGAGAGCCGCCCGCUCAUCCUGAGCUCAUAGAGACGACCAGCUUCAGGAACUCAGUCCAGCUGUAAAAUCAGAUUAUGCAAUGUUUUCCAAUCAAACUCGAGUUAUUGAUGAAUGUCUGUGGAAACAUUUUUACGUAUUUGUACUUUGAAGUGUUUUUAUUAUCUUGAUGCUCUGGGGUGAUUUUUAUGGAGGGCCAAAUUACUCAAAAUUAAAUCAUUAAAUAAAUGUUAAAAUAUAGAAAUAAAUAAUUAAAUACAUAAAUAAAUAUUUAUUUAUUCAUUCAUGUAUUUAUACAUUUAAUCUUCAGGGUUUCGAGACAUGCUGACAACCAUAACCCUCAAAAUGAAAUGUGGAGGAAAUAAAUGAAUGAAUGAAUUUAUAUAUAUAUAUAUAUAUAUAUAUAUAUUAAUUAAUAUGUAUAUGUAUAUAUAGAUGAAUGAAUGAAUAAAUAUUUAUUUAUUUAUGUAUUUAACGAUUUAUUUUGUUCAACAUUUAUUUAAUGAUUAAUUUUGAGCAGUUUGGCCCUCCAUAGAUUUUUAUCACAUUUGCCCGACUGUAGCUUCUGAAAUCAGCCGCGUGUGUGACAGUCCUGCAGUCUGCAUGGCAUUACUGUACACUAAACAGCAUUAACACAUUCACACAGCAGGGUUAUUACAGUCAUCUACAGUUAAAACCAUAAAAAACAUUAUUACUUGAAGUCAAAUAAACGUUAACGCAAAUAAAAUAUUAAAAAACAUUUUAUUUCAGCUAGUUGCCAAAGCAACUUUUCUAAUUUUCAUUUAGUUUGUAAAAUAUUACAAAAUAUUUUUUUAGUUUUACAAAAUAUAAAAAUAUUGUGAAAUAUUUUUACAAUUUAAAAUAACUGCUUUCUAUUGUGAUGUAUUUUAAAAUGUAAUUUAUUUAUGUGAUGCAAAGAUUAAUUUUGCUCAAGAAACAUUUCUGAUUAUUAUCAAUGUUCAUAUUUUUGUGGAUACAUUAUCAUGCAAAAUGUGGGGUCAGUACAACUAAAAAAAAUUAGAAAUUAAUACUUUUUUUCAUCAAGGAUGCAUUAAAUUGAUCAAAAGUGACAGUAAAGGCAUUUAUAAUGUUACAAAAGAUUUCUAUUAUUAUUAUUUUUUUAAUGCUGUUCUUUUGAACUUUCUAUUCAUCUGUGAAUCCUGAAAAAUAAAAUGCAUCACGGUUUCCACAAAAAUAUUGUGCAGCACAACUGUUUUCAACAUUGAUAAUAAUCAGAAAUGUUUCUUGAGCAGCAAAUCAGCAUAUUAGAAUGAUUUCUGAAGAAUCAUGUGACACUGAAGACUGCAGUAAUGAUGCUGAAAAUUCAGAUUUGGUCAUAGAAAUAAAUUACAUUUCAACAUAUAUUCACAUAAAAAUAGCUAUUUUGAAUAGUAAUGAUAUUUCUCUAUUUUUACCGUAUUUUUGAUCAAAUAAAUGCAGCUUUGGUGAGCAGAAAAGACUUCUUUCAAAAACAUUUAAAAACUGAAUUAUUCCAAACUUGUGGCCUACAGUGUAUAGACAUACUUUAAAUAAUAACAAAAAUGACAGAAACACACAACAUAAUAACAAACUAUUAAUAUGAAAGUGGAAAAUACAAAAAAACACUGACACGCAUUAUAAAAACAAUGGCUUUUAUGCUCACUGGACACCAGAAUCUUUUUCGUGCAAUUUGUUUUCAUGCAGGUGAACUAGUUCUUGACCAAAUGUACUUGAUUAACAGUGAUUGUAAUAUUUUUAUAUUUGCACACAAAUGAUUCCAUAACUUACUCACAUAAGGAUUGUAAAUUGCUUUUCUGCAUUUAAACAGCUAUUUUAUAAACCUCAGCCAGCCGUGUUCUAGAAGUGCCACUGCUGUGGACAGAAGCAGGUUAGCAGUGUACAACUGAAACGAGGGCAGCCGCGUCAGACUGACAUCAGCCGGUGUGUGUGCUUUAAAUGUUUUUUUUAUCAGUUCUCUGGGUGGUAUUUGGUUCAUUUUGACUGAUUCUGGUGGUUUGAUUUAUUUGUGGGAACAGAAGAGGCUUUGCAUUGUGCCAAACAGUGUUUUUGGGUUGUGUGAGCAUGUGUGCGCUGGAAAACAGCUGAACAGAGUUGAUUUGUUUUUGGCCAAAUAUGUAUUUAAAACAUUUGCUUUCUUGUGCAGAAAUUGGUUUAACGCUCAUUUUAUUUGGACGGAGAGCAUCUGCUGUGCCUGUUGACUAUAAAACACAUUUCCAUCAAACUGCAGCAAACUCUGUGUUUCUUUCUCUCAAUCCAGUCUGACCUCAAAUAAUUCAUACUGCAUUACAUUUAUGACUGCAUAAAUCCGGCGUGUAACGUUUGCACGAGCUCUGUGCUGUUCAUUAAAUUUCUCCAGAGCGGGAUGACAAAAUCAAUUUUGAUUUGACAGGAAAUAUUAUUAUUACCUGCUAAUACUGUGCCGCUAGGAGUGAGAAUGAAAAACGAAAGGAAUCAGAUGCAAAAGGUUCAUAACCAGCGCCGACACAAGCUUCCAGCGACGAGUUAUUUGUCCAUGUGAUUGAAAAUGCUGCAUGACACAAUCA